UGUAAAGUAUUGAUAUUUAUUAUCAUUUACGUCAUUUCUGCAUCAUUUAAUUCGACUUUCACACGUUGAAUUUAAGGCGUCUAUCAGAAAUACUUCAUUCAAAUGACAAAACAAAAUAUAGGUGCCGUUCAAAUCAAAUGUGGAUAAUAAUGCGAUAUGUAAUUAUAGGUACGCUUCGAUUAAAGGUUGUAGAGGAAAAUAAUAUCAAUACGUCAAUAAUUCGUAAAUAAUAUGAUAAACAUGGAGAAUAAUCAAGAUAAAGAAAAACCUGAGCGUCAAGGUGAUAAAGCUGAUACAAGCAUGGAUACCUAUAUAGAAAUAAACACAGGCAAAUUAUGUACAGUCAAAGUUACGAGAGAUGAUUACGAAAUCAUGUUGAUGGAGACUAAAUUGAUUGCAGCUUAUUGCAAGUACGCUGAAGCAGUUAACACUUUGAAGAAAACCGAUAAUGUUUUGAACCUAUAAAAGCGGAUAUGUUGGCAGACUUGUCAAAAAUCCAUCUCUUUGCAAGUUGAUUGUUUUGUAGUUGUUGUUGGGAUGAUAAAUAGAUCUUAAAUAUUGAAAUAAUA